AUGAUAAAAUCGUUGUUCUGGCCGGACUAUGAUUACAAAACAGUGGGGAAGUUGAUUCUUGAGGAUAAUACAGAAUUUGUAGGUUAUAGUGUGGGUUAUGAAGGAGGAGAGGGGAAAAAGGUUAUAUCAAAAAAUGAAUUUAUAAAAUGUGACAAUUCCAAUGAAGUGAUAAAAAAAAAAAACUAUGUAAAGGAAGAUUUGCUAUUCAGUAAUAGUAAAAUUGAAAAUGAAGAAUAUAUUGUGACAGGAGAAGUUAUAUUCAACACUGCCAUGGUUGGUUACCCGGAAGCCCUGACAGAUCCAAGUUAUUUUGGUCAGAUUUUGGUUUUAACAUUUCCUUCUAUAGGUAAUUAUGGAGUGGAGGAAGUCAAACAUAAUAAUUUUGGUUUAGUUGAAAAUUUUGAAAGUAAUAGAAUUCAAAUACAAGGAUUAGUAAUAUGUGAAUAUACGAAAAAAUCUUAUCAUUAUAACUCUUAUAUUACGCUAAGUGAAUGGUUGAAAAUUUAUAAAAUACCUUGCAUAGGAGGUAUAGAUACCAGAGCUUUAACAAAAAUAUUAAGAGAAAAGGGUAGUAUGUUAGGAAAAAUUGUAAUAUAUAAAAAUAGAAAGAAUAUAGAUAAACUGUAUAAAGAAGUAAGUUUAUUUGAUCCAGGUCAAAUUGAUACUCAGAAAUAUGUUUGUAAUCAUUUUAUACGAGUAUUUAAAUUGAGCAAGGUUUCUGAUGUGCAUAAUAGUAAAAGCAAAGAGGAACUAAAGGCGGUUAAUGAUAUGAAUGAUUCUUUGUUUACAGAUCAGGAAAAUGAUAGCAAUAUAAAUGGCAGUCAGUAUAACUACCAACGGGUAUCGUCAAUGAAAAAGACGGACUAUAAUAAAGAUUUAAAUAAUCAUUACGUUUUAACAAAUAAAAUGAAUAUUUUAACAUCUUCAGAUGAAAAUUUAAAGGAUUAUAGUACUUACUACAAUUACAACGUGAAUAGUGAGGAAAAUGAUGUUUUCUGUAAUUCAUAUGCGUUGUGUGAAUACGAUAAAUAUUUAAUUGAUGUUGAGGAGAAUAGUCCAUUCCAUGAUGAAAAUGUAGAUGAAUAUGGAUAUUACGAUGUGGAAAAAAGUAUGAAGAAAAACUUGAUAAAUGAUACAUAUAGUAAUAAUGAUAACUGUGGGGAGGUAUUUUACGACUCUAGCGCAAUGAAUGAGAAAGGUGUAAAGAUUGAAGAAGAGGGGAUGCAAAUUAAUAAUUGUACUUACCUAGAUAGCGCUUUUAAUAAAAAUUCAAAGGGGGUCAAGAAGUUCAAUUUGAAUAAUGAUUAUUCUACGUAUAUAAAAAAAAAAAUGAAUAACGAGGAGUUUUUAAAAUUAGUAAAUAAAAGGAAAUCGGACAAGGAAAGAAUUAUCAUUAUUGUUGAUUGUGGAAUUAAAAAUAGUAUAAUAAAAAAUUUAAUGAAAAAUGGUAAAGAUCUUCCAUUAACAUAUAUUAUUGUACCGUAUUAUUAUGAUUAUAAUUACAUAGAUUAUGAUGCAGUGUUAUUAUCUAAUGGUCCAGGGGAUCCAAAAAAAUGUGAACUUUUGAUUGAAACGCUAAGAAAAAGCUUACAUAAAAAUAAAAUUGUUUUUGGUAUAUGUUUAGGUAAUCAACUAUUAGGUUUAUCGUUAGGAUGUGAAACGUACAAAAUGAAAUAUGGAAAUAGAGGUGUAAAUCAACCAGUUAUUCAGUUGGUAGAUAACAAAUGUUACAUUACUUCUCAGAAUCAUGGUUAUUGUUUAAAAAAGAAAAAUAUAUUAAGAAGAAAAGACAUAACUAUUAGUUAUAUAAAUGCAAAUGAUAAAUCAGUAGAAGGUAUUGCACAUAAAAAUGGAAGAUUUUAUAGCGUUCAGUUUCACCCAGAAGGGAAUAAUGGACCGGAAGAUACUUCAUUUCUUUUUAAAAAUUUUUUUUUAGAUGUAUUUAAUAAAAAAAGAGAAUUUAGAGAACAUAUCGGACAUAAUAUUAUUUGUAUUAAAAAAAAAGUGCUGCUCUUAGGAAGUGGUGGUUUAUGCAUUGGCCAGGCAGGUGAAUUUGAUUAUUCAGGUACUCAAGCAAUUAAAAGUUUAAAAGAAUGUGGUAUUUAUGUAAUAUUAGUUAAUCCAAAUAUUGCGACUGUUCAAACAUCAAAAGGAUUAGCAGAUAAGGUAUAUUUUUUACCCGUAAACUGCGAAUUUGUAGAAAAAAUUAUUAAAAAGGAAAAACCUGAUUUUAUAUUAUGCACAUUCGGUGGACAAACUGCUUUAAACUGUGCUCUUAUGUUAGAGCAAAAAAAAGUUUUAAAAAAAAAUAAUUGUCUAGCCUUGGGUACAUCUCUAGAAUCUAUUUUAAUAACUGAAAAUAGAAGUAUGUUCGCUGAAAAAUUAAGAGAAAUAAAUGAAGUUAUUGCUCCAUAUGGAAGUGCAAAGAAUGUUGAACAAGCUAUUGAAGUUGCUAACAAAAUUGGCUAUCCCAUUUUAGUACGUACCACCUUUUCCUUAGGUGGUUUAAAUAGUAGUUUUAUAAAUAAUGAAGAGGAGUUAGUUCACAAAUGUAAAGAGAUAUUUUUACAAACAGAUAAUGAAAUAUUUAUUGAUAAAUCAUUAAGGGGAUGGAAGGAAAUCGAGUAUGAAUUGUUAAGAGAUAACAAAAACAAUUGCAUAGCUAUUUGUAAUAUGGAAAAUAUAGAUCCAUUAGGAAUUCACACAGGGGACAGUGUGGUUGUGGCACCUUCGCAGACAUUAAGUAAUCAUGAAUAUUAUAAAUUUAGGGAAAUAGCUCUAAAGGUUAUUACACAUUUAAAUAUUAUUGGAGAAUGCAAUAUUCAAUUUGGCAUAAAUCCUAAAACAGGAGAGUAUUGCAUUAUUGAAGUUAAUGCAAGACUAAGUAGAAGUUCUGCUCUUGCAUCUAAGGCUACUGGUUAUCCUUUAGCAUAUAUAUCUGCAAAAAUUGCUUUAGGUUAUGAUUUAAUUAGUUUAAAAAAUAGUAUAACAAGAAAAACUACUGCUUGUUUUGAACCAUCUCUAGAUUAUAUAAUUACCAAAAUUCCAAGAUGGGAUUUAAAUAAAUUUGAAUUUGCUUCAAAUACAAUGAACAGUAGUAUGAAAAGUGUAGGAGAGGUAAUGUCUAUAGGUAGGACAUUUGAAGAAUCUAUACAAAAGUCUCUAAGAUGUAUUGAUGAUAAUUAUUUAGGUUUUAGUAAUACGUAUUGUAUUGAUUGGGAAGAAGCAAAAAUUAUAGAUGAGUUAAAAAACCCAUCUCCUAAGAGGAUAGAUGCAAUUCAUCAAGCUUUUCAUUUAAAUAUACCGUUUGAAAAAAUUCAAGAAUUAACUAAUAUUGAUUAUUGGUUCUUAUAUAAAUUUUAUAAUAUUUUUAACCUACAAAACAAACUAAAAACAUUAACAUUGGAGCAGUUAUCUUUUUUUGAUUUGAAAUAUUAUAAGAAAUAUGGUUUUAGUGAUAAGCAGAUUGCUUACUAUUUAUCAUAUAAUAAUACAAAAGUAACAGAAAGUACUGUUAUGAAAUAUAGAGAAAGCUUAGGAUUACAUCCUCAUAUAAAAGUUAUUGAUACCCUGUCCGCAGAAUUUCCUGCUUUAACAAAUUAUCUCUACUUAACAUAUCAAGGAGUAGAACAUGAUGUUUUGCCUUUAAAUAUGAAAAAGAAGAAGAAGGUGAUGGUUGAAGGCAGUGGAAAAAGAAAGGAAAGUGGCAAAAACGUGUAUAAUAAUAAAAAUUUAGCAGUGGCAAGCGAAGGGGGAAUAGGAGCAUACAAUAUGAAGGGGGAUAAGGAGGAUAAAAGAAAACUUGCUAAUAUGUUCAACAAUGAUGGUUCUAAUUAUAUUAAUCUAACAAAAGUAUCAAAUGGUAUAAAUAUAAAUGAGUAUGGUGUUGAUAUUGAUAAUAGCAAUAGUAAUAGCAACAUGUUUAGCAAACAUGGAAAAGAAGAAAGGAGCAUAGGGUCUGAUGAAACAAAUAUGUUUAGUGUGAACAAUUCACCAAAUAAUUUAUCAUUUAACAAUGAGCAUAAUAUGGCUCAAGAGAAUGUAAAUAAUGAAAAUAAAAGAGAAACGUACGAUAGUGGUAGUAGUUGUAGGAACGAGAAAAAUGAAAUUAAGACCGACAAAUGCAUGAAAGAAUGUUUAGGUGAAAAUAAUAAUAAUUAUUAUAAUCAUUUAAAUGGCACUGCAUGCAAUUUAAGAGUAGCGAAUGCUAGUAUAAAUAACAAAUCAAAUGACAUUUCAGGAAAAUGUAAUUACGGAAAAGAUGUGAACAUAAAAAGUACUAAUAAAAAUGAUAGAAAAGUCAAAAACAAAGACAUUGGUAUGAACACUAAUAUUGAAGAAGCUAUAUCUAACAAAAGUUCCCACUCAACAAAUGACCAAUUAUAUUUAGAUAAUUUUAAUACAUCAGAUGAAGAAAUGGCAAAUAAAAAUAUUGAUAUAUAUUUAUCCAAAAAGAAAAAAAAUUUAACUGACAAUAAAAGUCCUGGGAAUUCUUAUUAUGUAGUGGACUCUGUUUAUAAUAAUGAAUAUAAAUUAAAUAAAAUGAAAGAAUUAAUUAAUAAAGAAAACGCAGAUUCUAAUUAUGAAACUGCACAAUAUGAACUUGACUCUGUAACAGGCAAGUAUCGAGAGAUAAACAAGCAUACGUUGUCAAGUAAUAUAGACGAUUUUAAUAAAGAAAAGGGUAUAGAUGCGAAACAGAAAAAUGAAAAAAGCAGAUAUAGAAGUAGUAGCAACAACAACAUUAUGAGAAAACGAAGUAGUAAAAAAAGUAGUAUCUGUUUUGAUAAUGAGGAUAAGAGUAGCGAUUGUUUCUCCGAAUUAUCCUUUAUGCGUAAUUGUUCCAAAUUUAGUGAGGGAGAAAGUGAUUAUAUGGACGAGGACGAUGAGGAUGAGUAUGUGCACACAUCGGAUAGUAGUUGCUAUGAUGAUUAUGAAGUAGAGGAAGAUGAAGACGAAGCAUAUGAUUCAUUAUUAUCUAAGGGUUCAAAAAAGUCUUCCUUGCAUUCAGGACAUAAGAAUAUAUUUAAUGAAAAAUUUAAUGGAAUUGAAUUUAAGAUAAUUAAUGAUAGAAAUGAGAAAGAAAAGGAAAAGAAAAAAUGUUUUAUGGUAUUAGGUUGUGGUUGUUACAGAAUAGGUAGCUCAGUGGAAUUUGAUUGGAGUGCUAUACAUUGUGUUAAAACUAUUAGAAAAUUAAAUCAUAAAGCAAUUUUAAUAAAUUGUAAUCCUGAAACGGUUAGUACUGAUUAUGAUGAGAGUGAUAGAUUAUAUUUUGAUGAAAUAACAACAGAAGUUAUUAAAUUUAUAUAUAAUUUUGAAAAAAGUCAAGGUGUUAUAAUUGCGUUUGGUGGGCAAACAUCUAAUAAUUUAGUUUUCAGUUUGUAUAAAAAUAAUGUAAAUAUAUUAGGAUCUAGUGCUAAGAGUGUUGAUUGCUGUGAGAAUAGAAAUAAGUUUUCGCAUUUAUGUGACUCGUUAAAAAUUGACCAACCAAAGUGGAAUAAGUUUACGAAAUUGUCGAAAGCAAUUCAAUUUGCAAACGAGGUAAAAUUUCCAGUGUUGGUAAGGCCAUCCUAUGUAUUGUCAGGUGCAGCUAUGAGAGUUGUGAAUUGUUUUGAAGAAUUAAAGAACUUUUUAAUGAAAGCAGCAAUAGUUAGUAAGGAUAAUCCUGUAGUUAUAUCAAAGUUUAUUGAAAAUGCUAAGGAAAUAGAAAUUGAUUGUGUAAGUAAAAACGGGAAAAUCAUUAAUUACGCUAUAUCAGAACAUGUAGAAAAUGCAGGAGUACAUUCUGGAGAUGCUACGUUAAUACUUCCUGCACAAAAUAUCUAUGUAGAAACCCAUAGAAAGAUAAAAAAAAUUUCAGAGAAAAUAUCUAAAUCGUUAAAUAUAUCUGGACCAUUCAAUAUCCAAUUUAUAUGCCAUCAGAAUGAGAUAAAAAUAAUAGAAUGUAAUUUAAGAGCAUCAAGAACUUUUCCAUUUAUAUCUAAAGCAUUAAAUUUAAAUUUUAUCGAUUUGGCUACAAGAAUAUUAAUGGGGUAUGAUGUAAAACCAUUUAAUAUAUCAUUAAUAGAUUUAGAAUAUACUGCUGUGAAAUCUCCUAUCUUUUCAUUUAAUAGAUUACAUGGUUCCGAUUGUAUAUUAGGUGUUGAAAUGAAAUCAACAGGAGAAGUAGCAUGUUUUGGUUUAAACAAAUAUGAAGCAUUGCUAAAAUCUUUGGUAGCUACAGGUAUGAAAUUACCUAAAAAAUCUAUUUUGAUAAGUAUUAAAAAUUUAAAUAAUAAACUAGCAUUUGAAGAACCUUUUCAGUUAUUAUUCUUAAUGGGAUUCACAAUUUACGCAACGGAGGGAACGUAUGAUUUUUAUUCCAAGUUCUUAGAAUCAUUUAAUGUCUCAAAAGACUCAAAAUUUCAUCAAAGACUUAUAAGGGUGCAUAAUAAAAGUUCUGAAUUUUUACUUCCUAACAUAACAGAUUUGAUUAUGAAUCAUAAAGUGGAAAUGGUUAUUAAUAUAACAGAUACUCUCAAAACAAAAGUUAGUUCAAACGGUUAUAAAAUUAGGAGACUUGCUUCAGAUUUUCAGGUGCCACUAAUAACGAACAUGAAGCUGUCCUCAUUAUUUAUAGAUUCAUUGUAUAGAAAGUUUUCAAGAAGAAAGGAAAAGAGAUCUUUCUAUACAAUUAAGAGUUAUGAUGAAUAUAUAAGUUUGGUUUAA